AUGCUCUUUCUAUCAGGCAUGGCAAUAGUCAACCUUCCUCUAAACUUAAUUCCAACUUCAAUUUUGGUGUAUUUUGGUUAUGAUAUUUGGCAAUGGGACAGUGUUCCUUGGGGAAAUUUUUUGAAUUUUGUGUUUCUGACUUUUGGUAAAUUUUUAAAAUAUUUUUCAAAAUUAUUUUGAAAAUUUGAAAAUUUUUAAAAAAAUUUACUGAAAUUAAAAAAAAAUUUUCUGGAAUUAAAAAAAUUUUUUCUUUGUGUUUUUUCAAAGUUUUCAACAUUGCAACAAUUUUUGGUGUGUCAGCCCUUGGCCCUUUAUCAAUCGUCAUUGGCGUUCUCUGUGGGAUUCCGAUAAGCAUAUGUUUGGAUACUUAAUUAUUAAUUUAAUUUUUUAAUAAAAAUAUUUUAGUUAUUGACGUGAUUUUACGAGGUAGACAUUUAACUUUAACUUUUGUAAUUGGAGCAGUCUCGUUGAUAACAUCAGCUAUUUUGGCUAAUUUUUACAGACAAAUUGGAUAUUUAUUUGAACGAGAUAAAGGGGAAAAUAGG